GUUUAUGCAUACAUGUUGACUCCUAACAACAUUUGUUCGGAUAGCAAUAUAAUUUGCAACUCUGAUUAUGGAGUAAGCAUCGACCGAGGAUCAUUUGGCUUCGAGACUGGACACUGGAGCCGUAUCACGAUUCUUGUGCAACUGAACAAUGAUUCCCUCGUUGCGAAUGGCAACAUUAUUUUAUACUUCAAUGAUGUUCAAGUGCUAUCACAACAAAACUUAUACUUCAGGACAGUCAACAAUGUCACUAUUGAGGGAUUGUACUUCUCGACAUUCUUUGGAGGGGGCGACUCCAGCUGGGCAACACCGCAACCUGUUCAUACUUAUUACCGCAAUAUACAGAUGUGGGGCAGCUCCUCUCCAUCUUUACUUUCUGGACAAACGGUCAAUGCUGCA